AGUUUAAACAGUAUCCCAAAACUAAACUCGAAAAAAAGCAGAGGACUUGUCAACGCUACGCUCGCGACAGCAUCUCUCGUUGGAGUUCACGCUUUACUCUGUAUAAAAGUCAAAACUGAGUUGUUCUUAAGAAGUUUUCAGAUAUAGCUGGUAUAUGUGAGUUUCUACAAAGAGAAAUCAUGAACUUCAGACUCUCAUCACUGAUCCUGCUGUUACACAUUCAAGGGUUCCUAACAUUGGAUAACUUUAAUGUAACCUGUAAUAAACAGAAUAUUUGUGCUCUGAGGGGGGGAGACGUGACAGUGAAGUGCUUUUACUCAAACAUCAACAUCACAACUGGGUUUUGGUUCAGUCAGAAACAGAGAACAAACUGGAGAAACAAAGAUGAACCUGAAGAUUUGACUGUAGAUUCAGAUUACUCAGGACGAGCGUAUCAGGGGACCACUGAAGAUAAAUCAGAGCUCACAAUAACAGAUCUGAGAGAGAGAGACAGUGGAGAAUAUCAGCUCAUGGUCAUUAUGAAGGAUGGAGUUAAACAUCUCAGCUCAGUCACAGUCAAUCUAACAGUCACAGUUUUACAGGUGAAGAUGAAUCCUGGACCUAGAGGACUACGAGUAAAACUGAGCUGUGAUUCCUCCUGCCCUUUGACAUCUGAAUAUUAUUACGACUGGUACAAGAAUGGAAAAUAUGGCCAAAAUAGACAUGGCCAAAGCAUAUUUGUGCCAUCCAGUGGAAACACUGACAGUUAUUCCUGCUCUAAGUCUCGUUCAGAGUACUCUUCACCUGUGUGUGUUUCUAACAGUAGCUGUUGGCGUGUGACUUACACCUCUACAAGAGUUUGUGCUUUAGUGGGAUCAACAGUAGAUAUUCACUCUUCAUACUCACAUCCCACUGGAGAUACAGCAGAGAAAACAUCUUGGUAUUACAUUCAUAGUGGGAAACUUAGUAAUCUGCGUGAGGAUCAUCAGUUUGCUGGUCAUGUGGAGUUUGUGGGAAACACACUGAGAAUAAAAAAUGCCAGCAUGAGUGACACUGGACGAUAUCACUUCAACAUCUUCACUACCACAUCAGAUCAAAUUUCUAGUUAUCCUGCAGUCUCUCUUACUGUUACAGGUACACAGGUGAGAAGCAGUCCAGACCCUGUGAUAGAUGGAGAAAAAGUGAUAUUAAGCUGUUCAACCAAAUGCACUCUGGAUAACAAACAUACUUACAUCUGGUAUAAGAAUGGACAACAGGUAACAGAUGGAUUGAGAUUAUUAAACAAGCUGUACCUGGACUCAAUCAACAGUGAGGAGCUACAAGAGUAUUCCUGUACUGUAAGAGAUACAAUGAAUAAAACCAAUGUAACAACUGACAGAAACAAUAAAGAAAUGGACAGUUCAAUGUUUCUGCCUCAGUUUCUCUUUGUAGGUGAUUUGUGGAUGUGGUAAAUAAAUUAUCAAGUAAAACAAAUAGAGACUCUAGUGCUGCAAAUGUCUGUGUGCAGAUCAGCAAAAUUGCUGGAGUGAUGUCACAACUCUCUUUAUGACAUCAUCACCUAGCAACAGUCUCUCAGCUGUGACAUCAGUGAUGCAGUGAUGUCAUAUACAGUGACAUAUUAAUGACAGUUCAGUGUAAAUAAUCUAAUGUUCAAAUAGAUGAAUUAUUCAUUGAAGUAUUGAGUUUAUCAUUCAACAGUCUUGUGUCAGUGUCAGAUCAACUGUAACAUCACAAUGCAUAAAUCCUGUAAAAACUUUGCUAUAGUGCAUCUUUAUGUAGAUGAUACUGUGAUCUACUUUCAUCUUAGUCAGGCUGUUAUUGAACUCAAUGCUGUUUUUAGUUAGGUUAAGAUUUUAUUACAGGGCUGUGCUUUAAUCUUGCAGUUAGGAAAGCAUUUGUUCAGUUUAUUUUAAAUGUUUUGGCUGCAGCAGUGUGGACUUCGGAGCGUAAAAAUGACAGAUGGGACACUCUACGGACUCAUAGACUGAGCGAGCGUGCACAAUUUAAGGCCACGAGACAAAAGCCCACAUAAGGUGCGCUAUUAGGGACAGGACCUUAGUGGAGUAAUGUUGAAGUUUUAUGUGUUGUAGCUGUUGGGCUGUGACUUACACCUACAGAAGUUUGUGCUUUAGUGGGAUCAACAGUAGAUAUUCACUCUUCAUACUCACAUCCCACUGGAUAUACAGUAGAGAAAACAUACUGGGAUUUGUUAAACAUUUAUGCUUGGAAACUAAAGGAUCUGCGUGAGGUUCAUCAGUUUGCUGGUCGUGUGGAGUAUAAAACAUAUGCAGAUUAUUGGCUCAGUUUAUUAGGAAAGAAAGGAACAGGUUUAUAAAAAUAUUGAACAUAAUCUGUCCUGUGAAUGGAGUUGAGACUGUUGCUCAAGAAUAAGAGCACUAGCAGUAAAAAGAUGAAGAUUAAUGAUCAGAUUUAUUUCUGCUGGAGACAUAAAAGAUGAAGUAAAGAUAAGAGACAUCUUUUACAGGCAGUGGCGUCUAUAUGCUUGUUGUAUCUCACAGUAAGUUUGUUUCUGCAGUAUGAAAAUGAGAUUUAUGUGAUUCCCAUUACAAAUCCAGGCAAUAACCAACUUACAACGUUCAAUGCUGGUGUUUGUCUGAAUCGUAAUCUAACCUUUUUUUCUUAUUUAGUUUUUUUAGUAAGAUCACAGACUUAAGUUGCAGUAGUGUAUAAAUUACAUUGUUUUAAAUCCAUCCUGUCAGGACUCUGCCAUAAGAGUCUUGUUUUAUAUUUAUGUUUUAUCGUGAUGGCAGGGUUCUGACCAGUGGCGGCUCGUGACUCCUCAUCCGAGGGGCGCAAAUUCAAAAUAAGUGUUCGGAGUAUCAUGUGUGUGGUUCCCUUUUCCAAAAUAUGUGUCCUGCGUGUUGAGAGAUCGUGUGUGCAUCACGUGUUUUGUCAAAAUAAAUGCCUGCUGCACACGCAUCAAAACCGUUUAUGAUAAAAGAGACGCUCAUGUUCCAAAAGACACUCCCUUAACAUUAAACUCUGUUUACGCAUGAGAUUAUGCGAGUAUCUGGCAAACGCGAGCGUCUCUUUUAUCAUAAACCCUUUGACGUGUCUGCAGCAGACACUUAUUUUGGCAGGACACGUGAUGCACAUACGAUCUCUCAAAGUGCAGAACACAUAUUUUGAAAUUACGUACUGUACCACACACAUGACGGGCUACAUACAUGUUGUGACGAACUUCGCAUUGUGCGCCCUCAGAAAAAGAAGUCACCAGCCGCCACUGGUUCUGACAGUCUCUUGUUCCAUGUGGAGGCUCAUGGCCUUGUAUAUUGGGUCAUGUUCCUCUGGUGUCUUGUCCUAGUCCCCGCCCCCUUGUUCUCCUUGUUAAUUAUUCAUUAUCAGUUCAUCCCAUUCACCUGUGUUGCUCUCGUUAGUUUGUUUAGUUUUCCCCUAUUUAAUCUCCUCUUGUCUCUUAUCUUGUGCUGGUUCAUUGUGUACAGAUGUGUUGUACUUUGUUGAGUUCAUGUUUGAUUUCAGUCUUGUUUUAUAUCAAAGUCUAGUAUGUCAUGUUAGUAUUUUGUAUAACAUGUUUAGUAAUGAGUUGCCCCCUUGUGGGUUUUUGUUUUCUGUGUUUCAUGUUAAUAAAGUUCACUUUCCCCGACAUCGUCUGCGCUUGGGUUCUCUUGUUCAUUGUCAAAUCCUCACACAUCCUAUAAGGAAUUUGCAAGCAAAGGAUAGAUCUGAGAGGGGCUUGAAAAUAUUUUUCUGUACAAAGGGAGGCCGGUGGAACAAGUUUUUUUGUCCUAUAGCAUGUUAUGUUAAGCAGUUCAAAAUAAAAUAUUCAGUUUUUAUGUCCAACUUAAUUCUAUAUACUCAAUAUUACUGUUGUGCAAUUCAAAUGAAAACCCUUCAGGCAAUGUUGGGGCAUGUGGGGCUCCAGUUCCUUGGACUUUCUUUAGAGCCCCCAAAAUGGUAAACACGCCACUGUUUACAGGACUCUCCAACAAAUAACAGCUACACGUAAAGAUAAGAAUAGUUGACCGAUUAUGUCAAAUUCAAGCAUGUUAUAAAAUGCUUUCCUUCUUAUGCUAUGAAAAGUCUCAAAAAGUGAAGGAGAGUCUUUCUUUAACAUCCGCUUGAGUACGAUAAUCAGAUCAUUUAAUGAUUUACCACAACUUCAGAUAUUGACACAACUUUACAAACCAGUUAAAGUCAGAGAUCUCCACAAGUACGUAUGUAUACACAUGUAUAUGUAUUGAAUCUUUGAAAUGUUACAAAAACAAGCAUGUUAGUUUUGUUUUAUUUUACUGUAAUAACUGUCUGAUGAAUUGAGCGUCACAAUGAUGUUUUAUUUUUUCUCAGGAAUAAGAAAAGAGUUUUGGGUCUUAUGUGACUUUCUACAAAACUACAUCAUGAACUUUAGACUCUCAUCAUUGAUCCUGCUGUUACACAUUCAAGGACACCUCAGGAAACCUCUGCCGCCAUCCUGCUCAAGAGUUUUGCACAGCUGCCCAAGCAUAACAAAAAAUUUAUUUAAAUGUUAGGUUUUCUGUUAUUAGCCAUUUUACAUGCUUUUUGUGAUUUUGCCUUUCAUUUCCCUUUUUAAGGAAAUGUUCAACCUUCAAUGGUUAUUUUCUGAAUCUUUUGCUCCUCCUGUCAGCCACUGCUUACUAAAAAAUAAAAGACUUCAUUCUUUAAAA